AUGCUUUACGAACUCAUUGGCGUAGUCCGCCCAGGCAACCUAGCCGAAGUCCGCGAAAUCGCAAAGACAACCGGCAAUAUUGUCCUCAACGCCGGGGGCGUCGUCCGUGGCAUCACAAACUGGGGCGUCUUCCACCUACCCAAGCCCAUGAGAAAAAACACAGUCACCCACAACACAGGCCACUACUUUGUCGUCCGCUUCGACAGCAGUGCAAGAACGCAACACGCCGUACGCAGAACGCUAGAACUGAUUGCGGCCGCUGGAAGAUGA